AUGGAUUGUGACGAGCGAUCUAGUGUGCUGCAGGCGACCGGGAUGUUAACCUGUCACAGCGUGCAAAUCGUGCCGCGACGGCGCCAAAACGACGCCGGCUGUGAUGAACUGACCUUGUCUGCACGCAUCGCCCCCAGCGGUGGAUCCAGCGAGAUAUCCCCGUCGAACGGCCGAUUCCUCUGGCCGUCAUCGCGGCUGCUAGCAAAGAAUAGAAAUCUGCAACCCGUCGUGUUUGGUAGGCUUGGGGCCUUUGCUGUGGAUAGCUGGUGGUCUUCAAGUAAUGCUGGCGACGAGCCGCCGUCCGGUACCUAUUCUCUCAACGGCUGGCCAACUCCCCAUGCCAACACCAGCAAUCAGCCCUCCCCCAAUCGUCGAGAUCAUGCUGUACAGCCUCCCCCACUGACAACAGCUUUGAGUGGUCAACAGUUUCAAGGGCUUGGGGUUGCGCUCGGUGCCAGUUACGCAUCAACGCCUCUGUCAACCACGUCGUUAUCCAGCCCCUUCACCCAAAGCCAGUCUCCUGCCGUGACGACCCCCGGGGGCAUCCCCGUCGCCUCCUCCAUGGCUUCCAGGCAAUACAACGUCCCUUACAAUCCUCAGGAUUGGGGACCGGUUAGUGGGGCUCAUAUGCUUCCGGGACACACGUCAUACCCUCAAUCGAAUAAUAAUAAUAUGCUUCGUAUCAUCCCGCAACAGCGACUGGCCGGACCUCACUCAGAUAUGUCCCUCUCGCCACCCCCGCCGCCGUAUUCUCCCCCAAGCCAGUCUCAACAGCAGCAGCACAGGGAUCAUAUCAGGGCAGGCUCAGCAUCGCCGAGUGCUGUUUCUUACAACGGAGCAAUACACCAUGCGAGUGAGCACCCGGUGGAGUAUCGCCAGCAGCCGCUUCCUCGUACCCGCCCUUUGUCUAUGGUUGGUGAGGCUGCUCUUAACAGGCAUGUCUCACUGCCUCCACCACCUCCGCUGCCACAAGGAGUCCCAUGCUCCAGGUCGUUAUCACAUAACCGGACCGCGGAAGGAUACCAAGAGCAAUCCUCCUUUGGUGCCGGUUCUAGGCCGUAUAUGGUGGCCUCGCCAGGCGGUCUCCAAUCGUCACAACCAAGUGGUCAUAUCGGCCACGUGGUGGCCUCCGCUCAGCCUGAUGAUAUGUCUCGCCCUCCAGCUUCCAGACGAGCUGUUUCUGCGGGUCCUAUUGUGAGCAGUGCGAGCACGUCGAGGGCCACAAGCCAGUCCCGGAGUCGAUCGCCGCAGGGCCGUGGAUGGGAACCAGGAAUGCCCCUCCCUCCACCACCUCCGGGCCCUCCCCCAUCCUCUACGAGGUCCCAUAGCGUGAGUGGUGUAUCCGAUACAUCUCCCCUACGAAAUUCGCAGACUGCCACAAGGACGACUAGAGCCCGCCCUCCUCCAGUCCUAGGUACAGGCUUGGACAGCAUUCCCCCAACCCCAGCCGGCUGGGUGGACGAAUGUCCUACAGAUUCGAGACACCGGGGAAAGACGCCCCUGCAUAUUGACACAACUGAAGCUUCCAUUUCUCCUCCAGAAGCCAGUACUGCUUCCCAGAACUCUUCGAGCGCUAGUCUUUUCCGUAGCCCCGCUAUUCGAGAUCCGGGUGUUAAGGGGAUAAGAGAGAGACGGAUUGAACGCCGAAACAGGCAGAGCCAAGUUCUGGAUGACUUCAGUGCUGUCUCCAUGAGCAGCAACCCCUGGGCCGAUGCGCUGGAGCAAGUAAAGCCGUCGAAUCUAGUCCUUGAUGGCGCAAACGGCGUUCCUGAGAACGUUCGGCACCAGCCGUCGACAAGAGUCACUCCGAGCAGCAAUCACAGUGUUGGUUCUGAUGGGCCGCAACCCACGUCGCGUUCUAGGGCCUCGUCGACGGGGCUGUUUUCCAAUCGCUCCUCUUUUUCGACUCCUCGACCCGAACCAAGCCCGCUUGGGCCGUCUCGGGGAUAUUCGCAAACUCCACCCUUCUCACCAGACGGGGACAAGUCAUCUUCGUGUGCCAAGGGGACUUCUUCAGCGUUGCCACCAAAAGCCCUGCCAACGCCCCCACUACAAUCAGCUCAGGAAGUCCAGUCCCCUUCGCGGCCUGGGUCGAGUGAGGAUCGCCCUGUGUCACAUAUCCUGCAUCUGCCCAACGAUGCUUUGCAAUCUGUAUCAGCGCUCUCUCCGCGCCGUGUUAUACCACAACAGGGACCGUCCAUUAACACUGUUGUCAAUCAAGAUGCGACGUUUGUUUGUGACGCCAUUCAGCGGCACAAGGAAUUUAUCGAGAAGGAGGCUGGGACCGCAGAUGAAAAGGAAGCUCUGAAGAUAUUUACUGAUUUCCUCAUUGCGGAGUCCCAGGUUCGGCGUGAGAGGUAUUCCAAGGUAUGGAAUCCCAAUCCACCGGACCUCGAAGCGGUCCGGCGCAAACUAUUCGAGCUGCCGCCCAAACCGGUCGUGGAUCCCCAGCCUAUGCCUCCUCUACUUGCUCGACGGGCGUCCAGAGGCACCCCGAGACUGGAUAUACCGCAGUCUCGUCCCGAGUCCACUUGGUGGAACAACUACAAGCCUUGUCUGUCACCUAUUGCAAGCCUUAGUAUGAGCAACGAUGAGAUGAGCUCCCGAGGCCGUGCACCAAGUCGCUGGUGGGAGUCCAAGACCGGGUCUAGUAGUGAAGGCGGCGAACGAAAGGUCCAGCGAUCCAAGCGCGAAUCCAAAUAUAUGGGCCUACCCCGCGAGUCCUUACAGUGGCCUCAGGGAGGCGGUUUUGUCGUGACCGGCAACUCGAGCUACACGUGUGGUUCGACGGAGCAGUUGGCCACCUGUGGUCCAGGUGAAUACCCCCCUGAAAAGGUCGGGUGGCACGACGAUUUCGCCCCGUCGGACUACUCCAGCACGGCCGAUCAUAGUAAUUCCAACGAGACCCAAAAGAUGGAUGUUUCGCGGCUCAUUACCUUACCGCCCCCUUAUCCUCGGCAUUACCCGGCUGUGAAUAACAGCCAUCCGGAUCUUGUAGCAUACCGGACCUUAGUCCGGUCGAUCAGUGAUCUCUCUGAGAUAAAGACCACGAGACAGCGACAUCAAUCAGAGGUUGAAGUCCUGGUGCGCGACCACCAGGAACGGUUGCAGGAAGGCCGUCGGCAAUUCAAGGCCAACAUCCAAAGCCAGAUUCAACAAGGCAGCAUUAGCUUCGCAGAAGCUGCGGAAGCAGAGGCGGCAUUGACCGUGGAGGAGAAUAAGAAUGAGCGAGACCUGGCCAAGCAAGAGUUGGAUGCGUACCAGGAAGCGGUGCUAAAGCCAAUGCACGCCAUUCUCAAUGAUCGAAUCAACAAGGCCACCACUUAUAUAAAUGAACUGCGCAGCCUGCUGUUCGAUGAUGCCCAGCAUGAAACGCCUGACCAAACCCAAGAAGAAGGCGACGAGAAACCGGAGCUAUUAGAGAAGCUGACCCAACUCAAAUGGUUAUUUGAAGCCCGGGAGCAGUUGCACCGGGAAAUAUAUGAUUUGGUCAGUGACCGCGACGAAAAGUACAAAGCCGUGGUCCUACUACCUUAUAAGCAGAAGCUCAAUGAGGAGAAAGUGCGCGAGACCAACGCCUUCUUCAUCAAAGAUGCUUUGGACCGACGUGUGAAUUAUGAAACAGCGGCCCUGACCCGCCUCGAAUCCUUCCUAGUCGUGAUCGAGAAGAAUGUGGCCCGGGGGGUGGAGGUACAGCUGUCGGCUUUUUGGGAUAUCGCACCGUCACUCCAUACCUUGGUGCAGCAGGUCCCCGAGGAUCUCGAUGGCUUCCAGGUUCAGAUUCCUGCCAACGAAUACGAAGAGAAUCCAAGCUACCAUCGCCAUCCGCUGCAAUAUCUCUACACACUCACCUCACAUGCAGAGAAAUCCAGCUACCAGUACAUCGAGUCCCAGAUCAACCUCUUCUGCCUGUUGCACGAGGUGAAGUCGGCGGUUAUGAAGGCGAACUGCAAGCUCAUGGAGGCACAGCGGAUCCGUCAAGGCGAGGCCGAUGACUCGGUGCGGCGGGAGAUGCAAGAAUCCCGUGCUGAGGAAGAGCGGUCCUUGACCAACGACCUCAAGGAUAAAGUGGCUACGGUUGAGGGGCAAUGGACGGAGGCGCUGGGAAGUGCAAUACAAGGCCUACGAGAGCGUGCCAAGGAGCAGCUCAUGGUGGAGAAUGGGUGGGAGGAUCUGGAACGACUGGAGCAGACCUGA